AUAAUAACUUUAUGUAAAACUAAUUCCCAAAUAACUUUUAAUGCAAAUUUUUCGUUAAAUUUUAAUUAUUACCACACUUUUUUCGAUUAUGUAAUCGUUGGAUCUGGAGCAGCUGGUUCUGUUGUAGCAUCUCGUUUAUCGGAAAACCCAAAUUUGAACAUUCUAGUUUUAGAAGCUGGAAUUGAACCAAUUAAAUUAGUUGAUAUACCAGCUAUUUGCGCUACCUUUCAAUUCACCGAUUAUAAUUGGGGUUAUUUAAUGGAAGAACAAGAAAAUAUGUGUUUAGGAUUACAAGAUAAACGAAUGCAUUGGCCCAGAGGAAAAGUAAUCGGAGGAUCAACAGUCAUUAAUUACAUGAUUCAUAUAAGAGGAAAUCGUUUAGAUUUUGAUAGAUGGGCUAAAAAUGGUAAUAAAGGCUGGUCGUAUACAGAGGUACUCCCACUGUUCAAAAAAUCCGAAGAUUGUUCCGUUGAAAGGCAAGAUAAAGAAUUUAGAAAUAUCGGAGGUGAACUUGGUGUUCAAGAUGUUGCUUAUCGAACGAAAUCUGCUGAAGCUUUUGUUGAAGCUAUGCAAGAAUACGGGUAUAAAUACGUCGAUUAUAACGGAGAAAGUCAAAUAGGGGUAUCUUGGAUUCAAGCCACUACAAGAAGAGGUAAACGAGAAAGUGCUACGAGAGCUUUUUUAGAUGUCGCCAGAAGAAGAAGUAAUUUAAGAAUUAUUUCGGAAGCUAGAGCUGAAAAAGUAGUUUUUUAUGAACAGAAAGAGCAGAAUGAUAAAUUAAAAGCUCAUGGUGUUGAAUUUUAUAAAAACGGUCAAAAAUACAUAGCAAGAGCAACCAAAGAAGUAAUUUUAAGCGCGGGAGCUUUAAAUACUCCUCAAAUUUUAAUGUUAUCCGGAAUUGGACCAAAAAAUCAUUUAGAUGAAUUAGAAAUUCCAGUACUUAAAGAUCUUCCUGUUGGUAGAAAACUUUACGAUCAUUUAGCAUUUCUUGGACUCAUGUUUACAAUGGAUGGGUCUGAUUUGACCAUAAAUUAUGAUGAGUGGUUCGAGAGUAAUACAAUUUUACGAUAUAUUAUUUGGGGAGAUGGUCCAUUAUCGGGUAUUGGUGGAGUGGAAGCUUUAGGAAUAGUUAAAACGAGACUUUCCGAUGAUCCCGAUCCAAAUUUUCCGGAUAUAGAACUUAUUUUUCUAGGCGGAAAUCUUGCUUCAGAUAGAGGGGAUGUUUUUCGAAAAUCAUUUAGAAUUUCUGAUGAAGUUUACGAUGCAUAUUAUAAGCCGCUUGAAGGUAAACAAGCUUUUACCAUCAUACCGAUGUUGUAUCAUCCAAAAUCUUAUGGAAAAAUCGAGUUGAAAUCGAGAAAUCCUUUCGCAAGACCAAAAUUUUAUGGGAACUAUUUCACUGAUAAGGACAAUUUUGAUGUUAAAACUUUAAUAACUGGAAUAAGAUUAGCUCAAGAAAUUGUAUCGAUGCCGGCAUUCCAAAAAUACAACUCAACAAUUGUAAGUAGAAAAGUUCCAGGGUGUGAAUACUUUGUUUUUAAUUCUGAUGAAUAUUGGGAAUGUGCUUUGCGACAUUUAUCGGUAACUUUGCAUCAUCAAGUGGCUACUUGCAAAAUGGGAAAUGCUACAGAUCCGGAAGCGGUUGUUGAUGAUACUUUAACGGUUUACGGAACAGAAAAUUUAAGAGUUGCUGAUACAAGCAUCAUUCCUGAACCAAUAACAGCUCAUACAAACAUUCCAGCUUUUAUGAUAGGUGAAAAAUUAGCUGAUAUUAUAACGAGAAUAUAAAAAUUUAUAAUUAUGAAUCAAUAAAUUGUGUUCUAUUAAUAA